AACAUUCUAAGAACUUACGCAGCACAAAUCGAUUUACAGAAAGAAAUUUUCUCGCUGCAAAAAAGACGAUUUUUAGGCUACUUUGAGACUCAAAAUGAAGUGGAACUUUAAAGAGGAACAUUCCUUAGAGUCGAGAUGCCAUGAAUCUGCGAAGAUAAGGGCGAAGUAUCCUGACAGAAUUCCCGUCGUUGUCGAGAAAGCACCUAAAUCCAGCAUUCAAGAUAUCGACAAGAGGAAAUUUCUUGUUCCCUCGGAUCUGACAGUGGCACAAUUCAUGUACAUCAUCCGGAAGAGAAUCCAGCUUCCUCCAGAGAAAGCAAUGUUCCUUUUCGUCAAUAAAGUUCUCCCACAGACAAGUUCAACAAUGGGUUCCAUCUACGAAGAACACAAAGAUGAAGAUGGCUUUUUGUACAUUGCCUAUAGUGGAGAGAACACCUUUGGACUGUAAAUGCUUCUGUUGAAAUCUCUGGAUUGAACUCAUUAUUAACUCUUGACUUGUUGACUUGCCUUAAAGAUUAGUUUUGGGUUUUAUCAGGGUUAAUAGUCUGGCAAAAUACAUUGUGUUCUAAAGGAGAUUAAGCAUGCUAAACAAGAUGUUACUUUAAGUAAAAAUGGACUAGAAGUCUUUGUGGAAUUCAGUGUUUUAUUGUAGGACCAAGUCAAGCAUAAAUUGAAGCUGUGUUAAAAAGAAUGGAUUAUAAACUAGCAUAAGAAAAACAAAACUGAAAUUUUGUAAAUACUGUUACAUGUACAAUGUAGUCUACCACUCACUCUUCAGCCACAAAAAUCUGAACUCGAGUAUCUUUGGCUGAAUUUGUUUAUGAGGUUUAAUAGAAGACUGUCUUAAGGGUUACUUGAAUUUCUAAUAUUUACUUCAGGUCCAUAACGUUCGUGUUGUUUUGAAUACUGUGCUACUGUUAACAGGAUAUUGAAAUGUGUUCGUUUUCUUAAAACUAGUGAUAGUGGCUAAUUGGCUUAAUGACUGUAAACUUUCUGGUAAUGGACACAAAUGAUCUGUUUUGUUGUAGCUAGCAUGGCUAAGAUAUUUUGAAAGUUUCCUAUUUUUAUCCUGAUCCAGUGAAAUUUGAUAGGUUGUCAGGCUUAAGACACCAAGUAGGAAAUGCAGCAAGGAACUUUUUCCUGACAGCCUUAUAUCUUGAAGCUCCUCUCUUUGCAUUGUGGUAACUUGUUAUCUUCUCUUGCCUGGAAAUAAAGUCAGAUAAUUUUGAUGUAA